AAUGAGGUUUUUUUUUCGCCCGUUAAGAUAAGGGCGUUUGGAAAUGCAGAGUACUUGGUUGAAGACUCCUUUAAGUGUACGCAUCGCCCUGCAGGGUCCUUCUGAAGCUCGCUUUUUUGGUUGUUCCAAUGCGCGCGGCCUCGCUCAGAGGACGUAGGGAUUAUAAACGGCAUCUAGCGAAACAGAGAGAGAGAGUGAGCGAGCGAGCGAGGGAGAGAGAGAGAGAGAGGUGUUGGCAAGGCAGCGCUGCCACUGUCAAACGUCGAGCCGGUGGGACAGGCGCAAUGCCCGCGGCCGCUAGAAUGCGAGCGAAACGGACCCCCUCUGCACAACUUCCCAAAGUGCACAUGGCGCCCUGACAUAGCGCUUCAUGGGGGAGAAGGGGUGCGAGUGACUUCGAGAGGAACUUGAGGAAGAAAUGCGUUACGAUUCCGAUGCCACACCGGGGCAGCUCUUUUUGGGGAUUUUCCUUCUUUUAAAAACAUUUGUUUGGGACCCCCCGAGCUGCCCCGCACGACGGCUACGGCUGUUGUUGCCACAUAAACCCCCGAAGUCGAAUGGAAUAGUUGCUAAGGGAUUAUUUUGAACCGAAGGAGGAUGCCUGUUAUGAAGGGAUUGUUGGCUCCGCAGAACACCUUUCUGGACACCAUAGCAACGAGGUUUGAUGGGACCCAUAGCAACUUCCUGCUGGGUAACGGGCAGGUGCACCGCGGCUUUCCCAUCGUCUACUGCUCGGAUGGCUUCUGUGACCUCACGGGCUUCGCUCGCACCGAGGUCAUGCAGAAGAACUGCACCUGCCGCUUCCUCUACGGGGUGGAGACCAGCGAGCUCGUGUCUCAGCAGAUCGAGAAGGCGCUGGAGAGCCGUCAGGAGCACCAGGCCGAGGUGUGCUUCUACAAGAAGAGCGGUGUCCCCUUCUGGUGCUUACUGGACAUCGUUCCUAUUAAGAACGAGAAAGGAGAAGUGGUCCUCUUUCUCUUUUCCUUCAAGGACAUCACUGAGAGCCAUGGGAAGAGUCACCAGAAUGGCUGCAAGGAAGAGGGCCGAAAGGAAUAUCGGAAUAAAAAGGGCGGGGCUUCACACUUCUCUGCCGCCCGGAAGCGUGGCCGUACGGUGCUCCACCACCUGACCAGCCAGUUCACCAGCCGGAACAAGAGCGAGGUCAAGCUCCACAACAGCAUGUUUGACAACAAGCCGUCCGUUCCGGAGUACAAAGUGGCAGCCGUGCAGAAAUCUCGCUUCAUCUUGCUUCAUUACAGCAUCUGCAAGGCGCUCUGGGAUUGGCUGAUCCUCCUGGCCACGUUUUAUGUGGCCGUAACGGUGCCCUACAACGUCUGCUUCACCGCCUAUGAUGACUGCGAGUCUGCUUCUCGGAGCACCAUUGUCAGCGACAUCGCUGUGGAGAUGCUCUUCAUCCUGGAUAUUGCACUGAACUUUCGCACCACUUAUGUGAGCCAGUCAGGCCAGGUGGUCUAUGAGCCGCGGUCCAUCUGCAUCCACUACGCCGCCACCUGGUUCUUUGUGGACCUGAUUGCUGCUCUGCCCUUUGACCUACUGUAUGCAUUCAACAUCACGGUGACCUCACUAGUGCAUUUACUGAAGACGGUGCGGCUCUUGCGCCUGCUGCGCCUCCUCCAGAAGCUGGACCGUUACUCUCAGUAUAGUGCCAUGGUGCUCACAUUGCUCAUGUCCAUGUUUGCCCUGCUGGCCCACUGGAUGGCCUGUAUCUGGUACGUGAUUGGUCGAAAGGAAAUGGAGAACAACGAUCCAGUGACUUGGGAUAUCGGGUGGCUACAUGAGCUGGGCAAGAGACUGGAGUCCCCGUACAUCAAUAACUCAUUAGGGGGGCCAUCCAUCCGCAGCGCCUACAUUGCGUCCCUCUACUUCACUCUCAGCAGCCUGACGAGCGUGGGUUUUGGAAACGUAUGCGCCAACACGGACGCUGAGAAGAUCUUCUCUAUCUGUACCAUGCUGAUUGGAGCUCUGAUGCACGCCGUGGUCUUUGGCAACGUAACAGCGAUAAUCCAGCGCAUGUACUCGCGCCGCUCCCUCUACCACACGCGCAUGAAGGACUUGAAAGACUUCAUCCGGGUCCAUCGCCUCCCCCAACAGCUCAAACAGAGGAUGCUGGAGUACUUCCAGACCACCUGGUCUGUCAACAAUGGCAUCGAUGCCAACGAGCUCCUGCACGACUUCCCAGACGAGCUGCGGGCCGACAUUGCCAUGCACCUCAACAAGGACAUCCUGCAGCUGCCCCUGUUUGAGUCGGCCAGCCGCGGCUGCCUGCGCUCCCUGUCCCUGCACAUCAAGACGUCCUUCUGUGCCCCGGGCGAGUACCUCAUCAGGCAGGGGGACGCUCUGCAGGCCAACUACUUUGUGUGCUCCGGCUCUCUCGAGGUCCUCAAAGACAACAUGGUUCUGGCCAUCCUAGGUAAAGGUGACCUAAUUGGAGCUGACCUGCCCACCAAAGACCAGGUGAUCAAGACCAACGCGGACGUGAAGGCCCUGACCUACUGUGACCUCCAGUACAUCAGCGUGCAGGCCCUGCGUGACGUGCUUGAGCUCUACCCAGAGUAUGCCAGCAAGUUCACCGCUGACAUCCACCACAACCUGACCUACAACCUCCGUGAGGGCAGCGAGGCCGAGGGUCUGUCCAGGUUUUUGAGAUCUCCACGCCUCUCUCAGCCACGCCUAGAUUCCAGCUGUGCUGGUGACACCAAGAAGCUGCCAUCCAUUGUAGAGGAUGAAGAUGACAAUGAUGAGCUUUUCCACCUCUCGCCUUCUAGCAGAACACGCCGGAAGAUCCUUCUGCCCAGUCUGAACAGCCCAGUGCGUCGCAGCUCCCUGGGCAACCUGUUAGGCGAUGAGCUGAGGCAGUUCAAUGCCUUGCGCCGCACCUGCCGGUCACCGGUCAGUGGACACCGCGGUCGGAGCCCUUCACCACAGCAGAGCAAGAAAGACGAGCUGGGCCCCUGUGUCGAGGCCUGCAAUGGGCGCAAACCUGCCAAGCUACUCAUUCCCUCAGUGAACUGUUUUGGACCCCCGGACCUCAGCCCCAGAGUUGUGGAUGGGAUUGAAGACAACCAGAGAACCUCUGAGAUGCACUCGUUUCACUUCAAUGUGGAGCACAACACAAGCAAGGCCUCUGGGGACAGUGGAGUCAAAGAUGCAAAUAAAGUGAACUCGAUCUUACUGGCGGAGACGGAGGAAGUGAGACAGAGCAUCAGCCGGCUGAACCAGGAGAUGGACCGUCUCAACAACGAGGUCUCCCAGCUGAGCAAGGAGCUUCAUCACAUGAUUCACCUGGUGCAGGCGCAGCUGGCUGUGCAGCAUUACACCUCAGCGCUGUCGUCCUACCAGUACGGUGUCAAGAUGGUCCCCUCUCCGCCUCACAGCACUUCGGCCCACCCACCAAUGAGCUGCGGAAAGGGAGCUUUGUGGAACCACGGGGCCCCCGCUAUGGCAACCAAGGAGGCGGAUGGACUGCAGCCUCCCUCCAGUCCCAGGACGCCGUGCCUUCACGCUCCUUGUUAUGGAGAGGGGCAGACCAUGAGCCAGGGAGCAGACCCUCAUGGAGGUGUUCCAAAUUCGCCUUUCUCAAUGCGGCACGUCAGGACUCACACAGCCAUACUGAGCCCGGCGGGAGCCUACCCCGUCUUUUCCAGCUCUGCUGUGCCAGUGUUCACCAGCCCCUCGGGUGGCACACUGGCUUUGCCCACAUCUAUGGACUUCAGUCUCUCCCAGCCUUCCAAAUCCAGCACGCCAACACCGGUCCACUCCACACUGAUCACCACCAGCUCUGCCCACCAGCACCUGUCUACCCCUCUCCACUACCCAUAUUCAAAUGCGGCUUCCUCACAAGAACAUUCUCCGUGUGGGACCCUCAGCCCCAGACAGAACAACUUGGUGGGCUCUAGCCCUGCCCAUUCUGUGUCGUUCAACUCUGGCAUCCCCGGGACCCCAAGAACUGCACCAUGCCCCAGUACGACCACCAUUAAGACUUCGCUGGCUUCUCAGGGUUCAACAGAAAACUGUGAACCGGGGCUGGGGGGCGCCACUCCGACAGGGGAGGAAGCCCCACUGACACAACGGGGCUCAUGGGACAGGCUGCUGCUGCUCAAUCCUCCGGACUUGAUAGAAGACAGAGAGGUGUGCCAGUCACGGCGCUCCAGCGUGGGCACCCAGACGCUGGACGCCGAGAUCUUCUGGAGUCUGGAGACCACGGACUGAGCGACCUAACUGCCAUUUUGUUAGAGACGCUAAAGCAUCCCAAAGAACGUCGCCUAGAAAAAUUGGCGAGGCUUCAGUUUUUGU